CUGUUUUACACUCUGUUUUUUAUUCUUUCUUUUUCCGACACGUUUCCAAGUUUAUAGGAUAAACACAGAUCAGUUCGAAUGACUCGCAACUUUUCUUUUACUGGUCGCUGUAAGAUAACAUUCUAAAAAUAGAUAAACAUAACACAGUUGCACUGAGUUUCUGUUUUCCGAGUCUUAACACCACUCGUUACUCUGUUUUUAGUUGAAACAGCGAGAAAAAUUAGUUUCUUCAGUUAAUAAAAAAAACGAACUUUUCUUCUUUUCUUCUUCCCCUUUGGAGAGAGAGAAACGUUUUGAUUUUUAUUUCAUUUCAUUUCCUAAGAUCGAGAUCCAAUCAAAGAUGGGUCUCUGUAUUGUUAGUUUUCGUCUUUAUGAUCGUUGACGAAGAUGGUUUGCAUAAAAAUGGCGUCUUCUCAGGUAGAAAUUGCCUCUUUACGGACUAACUUCGGUUGUGUCCUUAGAGAUCGCAACCAACGGCACAACAGCAAUGACGACGUCGUUUUCCAGAAGAAUCUGAAAGCUCAAGUGAAAUCUGCGGCGAUCUCCGACGAGAAUUUGCAGAACAGAGUCGAUUCUUGGAUCGGAAACAAACCGAAGAAGAAGAUCAAAAGCCGUAUUGGGUCGCCGGAGAAACCACGGACCAGAAAAGGGAACAGCCCGAAACCUUGGAAGAGAGACGAAAAUCCUGUAGGAGCUUCUUCUCUUGUGCAGAUAUGGGAGGCGAGGCUGAAUCGAUCCAACGGCGGAAACUCGCCGAUCCACGGCCAAUUGACGGAGAGCAGUUUAGGAGCGUGCGUUCAAGAAGAAACACAAACACACCUCUCGGCUCCAUCCAUCGACGGAGAUUCCGAAUCAGAGAACGAAUCGAAGAAUCCUGACCUUACGGUGGAGAUUAAAUCCGGGGGUCUCAAUUUGGUUUCUGAUACCGGAGAGAGCGAAUGGGGCGGAGUCGCUGAAAUUAUCCGGAGACUGAAGCUAACCGCCGGCGAUAAUGACGGCGCCACCGACAUGCCGGUCGUAAAAACGCAGAUGCUGGUGAAAAGCAGUUUCCCGGUGGUCACUUGUUCGCCGCGACUCCGAGGACGGCAAGCGUUCUCCGAUUUGCUCACGCGUCUGGAACGCGACCGCCACCGCGAACUGCAGUCGCUUCAUGAACGCAACGCAGUUACUAGGUUUCCUCAACGUGGUCGUCUCCAGUCAAUGUUGCGGCUAUGGAGUCUCAAACGCGGCCUAGUGAUUAAAGAUCGUCAUCGUUCCAGCUCAAAGACACAUGAUAUGAAUCGCCUCGAACCUGGCUCCACAGUUCUCCGCCUAAGGGAAAAGUUCCGGGAAAACGCAGCAAACUCCGCCUCUGAAGCAGAACGGAAGAAAGGUCAACAAACCACCGUAGAAACAGAGAGAAGUACAGAGAGCAUGCAGUCAAAAGAAGCUAGUAUUCUUCUAAAAACUUCUUCGCCGGAGCCGUUAAGCCCUCGAAACCGCAAGAUAGAGGAAGCAGUUUUACGCAAGAAAGAAACCGAAUCAAAGAUGAUUUACCUUCAGCUGCAAGAAACCAUCGUAGCAGAAGCUUUGAAAAGAACUCUCCCCACCACCAGCGUAACUCAUCAAGAACCACAAAAACUGGAGAACGAGGUCGCGAACAUGGCAGAAAGCAAUACACAGGGAACUCGAGAAACACCGUUUCUUGAGGAAAAAGAAACGUCGUUCGAAUGGGAAGAGCAAGAAGAGUACGAGGAUGAACAGUCUUAUUACGGAGAAAACGACUGGUUUACAGAAAUAUCUCGGCCUCGGACUUAUUGGGAAGAUCUGAGGAAGUCACGGUAUCUGGAAGUAAUGAACACUCGAUCUGACAAAGAUGAUAUAUGGAGACUCCUUGAGAGAAAAACGGUUUCCGAUUUCCUCCAGAGUGGAUUGAGAGAGAAGAUAGAUAAGCUCAUAAUGUCCCGUGUUCAGACACAUCCGGUUCAGCGGAUUGAGGAAGCUGGUAAAGAGGAACAGAAAUGUGACAUAGGCGAGGAAGAAGAUGAAGUCAGAGAUGACUUGAGCCAAACGUCAUCUCAGAUAUUUGUGCCGUCACCUAUAGGAUCAUGGAGUUCUCAAGACACAGGAGUUGCUUCCACACCCAUAAGCAAUCUUCAUACCACAGAGAUGGAGAUUAUAAGCGAUUUGAGAUCACAGAUUUUACAGCUCCAAUUAGAUAUGUCAGAGCUACGAGACUCUGUCAAAACGUGUUUGGACGUUAACGCUAGCCUUCAAAAGUCAGUUCACCGGGAAAACCCCCUGAAACGCAAUUGCUGCGUUUGUAACGAAACGCAAGUUGAAACACUUCUAUACAGGUGCGGGCACAUGUGCACAUGCCUGAGAUGCGCAAACGAACUACAAUGUAAUGGCGGGAAAUGCCCGAUUUGUCAUGCUAAGAUCCUGGACGUUGUUCGCGUCUUCGUUGAUUCAAGAACCUAAAACUAAUAAAACUAACGGCUCAAAAAAUGCUAAUUGCUAUGAUAUUCACUUAACCUUACACACUAAACUUUUUUUGUUUGUUUGUAUAAUUUGUUUUUUGCUUCCUUUGUUUGCUUUCAAGUUUGACUGGAGCGCGUUUGCGUUUUGGAUCUGCGACCGAGAUUCAUAUAUACAGUAUGUUCUUUAUAGGUGAAUGACCAAACCUCUUUUCUUGACGUUGAAGUUUUCUUCUUGUAAAGAUGCCUUUCACUUUCCUUCCAUCAAGUUUGUACGAGGUUUAGUAUUUAUUUAGC